AUGAACAAUUUACCAGCAUUACCAAGUUUUGAUCUUGAAACGGAUAAAUCCAAUGCAGGCACGCGUUGGGAGAAAUGGAUUGGGCGCCUCGAAAAUUUAUUUGUGGGGAUGAAAAUAUCAAACGCUGACCAGAGAAGAGCAUUAUUACUACAUUACGCCGGAGAAAAAGUGUACGACAUCUAUGACGUAGAGAAAAAGGACAGUGCAGCGACUUAUGAUGCAACAAAAAAGGUACUUAGCGACUAUUUUGCUCCCAGAAAGAACGUUCAAAUUGAAAUUUACAACUUUAGAUCAUACAAGCAAUUAGAAGCACAAACGAUUGAUGAAUAUGUGACUGAGUUAAGAACUUUGGCAAAGAACUGUGCAUUCGCAGACAUUGACAAUGAAAUUUUACAACAAGUGAUACAACAUGGCCGCUCAAAUCAACUCAGAAGAAGAGCGUUACGUGAACCAGAUAAAAAACUCGAUGACAUUAUUACAAUGGGACGUAUGUUUGAACAAUCAGAUAUGCAAGCCUCCGCAAUGGAAAAUUCAGAAAAUUCUAGAUCUGUACACAAGGUUUCAAAGUUCAAUAGUAGAACACGAGGACGAGCGCCGAUGCCUCAUGGCCGUGGGAACAGUAGAGGGUCGUAUGCAAAUUUUGGAGGUCGUGGGAAAUAUGGUCCGAAGAACCAAUCGAAUCAACGAAGUAGAACACGUGAUGGUGCGUCAGCCAAUACUUGCAGAAAAUGUGGUUAUGAAUUCCCGCACAGAGAUAAGCCGUGCCCAGCCACAGGUAAAACCUGCAAUGUAUGCAAGAAACCUAAUCAUUUCGCGCGCUGCUGUUUAGCGCCGAAAUAUCAGCAUGUCAAAGAGGUCAGCGAUAACGCCAGCAGUUCGCUACAGUUUGAUUCGGAAGAGGAGUACCUCUAUAACAUAACAGUGAAAAAUGUCGGUAAACAAAAAGGAUCAAAAACGCCCAAAACACAGAUAAAAGUCAACGAUAAAACGAUUACGGCUACAAUAGACACAGGAUCAAGUGUGAAUAUACUAGAUGAAACCACGUAUGAUUACUUAGGAAAACCUAAAAUAAAAACAAAAGGGCUGCCAAAUUUACUUCCAUACGGAGGGGGAAGUGCAUUAAACGUAAAGGGCUGUGUGAAUUUAACGGUCGAAAAGAACAGAAAAUACACAGUAACACCAUUUUAUAUUGUGAAAGGAAACCAUGGAGCUCUAUUAGGGUGUGAAACAUCAUGUGAAUUAGAAAUAAUAAAAUAUAACCAAGGGAUAACGGCCAAUAUGGAAGAUAAAUAUCAAGGAAUUUAUGACGGUAUUGGGAAAUUAAAAGGACAAAAAGUUAAAUUACACAUAAACCGUGAUGUAAAACCUGUAGCGCAGAGAAAUCGACGUACGCCAUUUCAUUUAAGAAAGAAAGUUCAAAAGGAAAUUGAAAAGCUACUUGAAAAUGACAUCAUAGAAGAAGUUAAAAAUGAAUCAACACCAUGGGUGUCACCGAUUGUCACCCCACCGAAGAAAAAUGGAGAUGUAAGAUUAUGCAUAGACAUGAGAGAGGCAAACAAAGCUAUUGAAAGAGAACGGCAUCCAAUGCCAACAAUAGAUGAACUUAUACACGACAUGAACGGUGCAAAAGUGUUCAGCAAACUAGAUUUAAAAGCUGGAUAUAAUCAGCUGGAAUUAGAUGAAGAAUCGAGAUCAAUCACUACAUUCUCUACACACAUGGGCUUAUACAGAUAUAUAAACGUUUGA